AUGCCACCAGCAAAGAAGAGAAAGACCCGCGCGACAGCUGAAUCAUCAGAGGAAGUGCAGCCACUCGAUGCAGUUACCAACGCAGAAGAAUCAACAGAGACACCAUCCGAAUCGAUCCCUCAGAAAACCAAUGAACCCACGCCAUCAACCGCAUCCUCUUCCACCUCAGACGCCGCCGCCAAAGCCAAAGAACGACAAGAAAGAUUCAAGGCUCUUCAGGCCCGCGCAAAGUCUUCUGCCCAAACGAAUCUCAAGGAAGCUACUCUCGAAUCGCAACGUCUAGCCACCGAUCCCAACCUCCUCACAUCCUUGAACCGCAAAUCCGCGGUUGCAUCCCACAAUCUUCUCAAAGCCGACGCCGAAGCUGCUGGCGAAGAUUUUGAGCGUAAACGAGCCUGGGAUUGGACUAUUGAAGAAAGUGAAAGAUGGGAUAAACGACUCAAGAAAAAGGAGGCGCAUCGAGAUGAUCAAGCAUUCCAAGAUUAUCGACAAGAUAGUCGAAAGGUUUACAAACGACAAAUCCGUGAUCUAAAGCCCGAUAUGGAUUUCUAUGAAAAGGAGAAGAUGGCAGCUGUAGAGAAAGCUGCUGCGUCUGGAGGACUCGAGAUUGUGGAGACGGAUGAUGGAGAAUUGGUUGCUGUCGAUAAGGAUGGAACUUUUUAUAGUACGGCUGAUUCAACAGGAUUUGUAGAACACAAACCAGAGAAGGCGGCCGUGGAUAGAUUGGUCAAGGACUUGCAACAGGCGGAAGAGGCAAGGUUGAAGAAACAAAGGGCGAGGAAUGCUGCAAAUGGAGAGGAUGGAGAUGUUACUUAUAUCAACGAUAAGAACAAGCAGUUCAACCAGAAGCUGUCGAGGUUUUACAAUAAGUACACUGCGGAAGUUAGAGAUAGUUUUGAGCGUGGCACAGCUAUAUAAUUACAUGAGGAAUUGGG